GAAUCUGCAUUUUAAGUUCCUAUGAAUGAGAUGUUAUUUAUAUAAACCUGGGAUUUGCCUUGCAGCUGGAACUACAGUCAGAUCCUCUGUUAUAGAAAGUGAAUCAACACCUCCUGACCAAUCAGAAUCGAGAAUUCUACAGCACUGUGGUAUAUCUCAUUACUGUAGGACAUGCAGUCAGACAAGUCGCUGAAGUCAGCAGUGAAAACGAAUCCGUGCGUGAGUGUUACCACACGUCACAUGAACCGUGAUGUGUAUGAAAAGGACAGAGGAUUCACGUCAUGAGCAGUGUGGGAAAGAGCCAAUCAGCGCGCCGGUGUGUUUGUUUGUGGGAGUAGUUAAUGAGGAAGUUUCUCCCACGCACUCCGGCGAUGGCGGAAGGGUCCUGAGCCUGAACAGACACCGGACUGCUUUUCUUCUCGACCUGUACCGGGGACGAGACGCCGGUUUUCCACAGGGCGCGCGUGCGGCGAUUCUGAAUGCGCGCGCGAUGAUUGAGGUGUCGAUCCCCUCUAUGCACCGGGAAGUGGACGAGGCAGGGAAGACCCGGAAACUCUUCAGGUUGGAGAUUUUGUUCAACGGGAGGAAGCACUUUGUUCUGCGACGGCAGAGUGAUUUCCACACGUUGCACCGGAAGCUCAAGAAGAUCCUACAGUCGCCUCCUGAAUUCCCCAGCAAGAGGACCCAGCUGCGUGCUAAACCGCAGGAGCAGAGACGGCAGGAGCUGGAGGACUACAUACAGGUGAUCCUGUAUGAGAACGAAGUGGUCCCUCAGGAGCUGCUGGAUUUCCUGCAGGUGAAACACUUCCACACGGCAAACAAGAUCUGCGGUUUUCGUGAUGAACAGCAGAAGGACACACAAGAACAGGGGAAAAGCUGUGAGCUGCUGCAUCAGAGAGUGGUGGGUUUCUCACGUGACCCCUAUCUCUUUGCUUCAAAGUCAGAUCUACCAGAUGUGGUUGUAGCUGGUGUCCUGCAAGGCUUCUUCCCCAAAGAGAAUAAGAUGGGCUUUAGGACAUGCUCCAAGCCCAGCAUUAAGCAUGUUCCCAGACUUCCUUCUAUCCCCUCCAUCGUCAUAGACAGAGGCAGCCCGAGCUCAUUGCCAGAAGAACAGACAACCUGAGACACAGGUGGGGUACUCUUUUCCAACACUGACCAGGCUUCCUGCUUUUGGGACCUUGCCUCAGAAGGGCUGGUGGAAAUGGCGCUUUUAUCAUUCGGAUAAAACACCCUCAGCAUUGAUACGACUUUCGUUAGCCUCAUCUCUGUAAAGCAGGAAGAGGAAAGCCAAUACUGUUGACAUAUUCUGCGAGGUUUGGGAUCUCUCGCUCAUACACUUUCAGUAGCCUAGGAGCACUGGGUGCAAGGCUGGAAUACACCCCCGGAUGAGGUUGUACAAACAUUCACACCUUUACUUUAGCCAGUCCAACUACCUGCAUGUUUUUGUAAGGCUAAAAGAAACUGGAGAACCCAGAGGAAACCGACACAGACGCUGGGAGAACAUGGACAUGAACCCAACUGUACCACCGUGACGCCAUGCAUCGAAAAACCUACUACACUGGAUUUGAUUUAUCAUUAACUUAACAUUCAUGAUGUAACGGAUGUAAAUUUAUCUUCAUGUUCUUUAAAGUUUGACUAAAAUUUGACAAAGUGAAAUGUGAAACCUGAGUUUGGCUCACAACAGUAAAUAUAUAAUUUAUAUCACAGA